AGUGUUGUUUUUUAGAAAAUGUUGAUGUGUUUAUUUGCAUCCUUUUCUUGUUUUAAAGGGAUCCCGCAUCUCGUUUAUCAUAUGCUUUUGGAGUACAGAAUCCGCAGUCUUGAAGAAUUUUCUGCUUCAGUCCAGAUCUAUCUGUGGAUCCUCAUCAUACUUCUACUAAGGGUAGGUACGUGCUUGAGUGAAGGUUCAUUGUACAAUGGGUACGCUUGGUGAAAACAAGUGGGAUGAAGAAUACUCAGUAAUUGGAGAAAAGCCAGAAGUAGGGUUCUUAGAUUUUGAGGAUGAUGAAUCCCUCCACUCUUUCAAUCCACUUGAAGAAGGUUCUGUUGUAAUUACAAUUCCUUUCUCUUUUGUUGGUGGGAAACCUCGGUCUGCUCUCAUAGGAGAAACAUCAGCAGAUUCAAUUAAUAUUAGAAACACCACUGGCGAUCCAAAAGAAUUGUGGAGUGUUAGGAUAUUCUCUUCAAACCCUGAGGAUAGCUAUGUUCUGUCAUUGAUGGAACCUCCAUCUGAUGAUGCUGAUGAGGAUGCAAAGCACAGUUUUAUGGGUUUGACUUAUUUGGAGGAUAGGGUUCUUCAGCCUGGGCAGAAUCUCACGAUUUGGCUGUCAUGUAAACCAAAAGAAAUUGGCUUGCAUACAUCAGUUAUCCAUUUUGAUCUGGGUGAUGAGAAAAUUGAGAGGGUGGCCUUUUUAUUAGCAGAGGAUAAAGUUUCGCAGUCUUUGUUUUCUGAUAAACCCUAUUCAAGAGGUUCCUUCCGGAAAAAGAAAUUUGAUUAUGAACAAUAUGUAGCAGGCCAACGCCCAUCUCGGGCAAGUAUACAGGGAUUUAAAUAUAAGCUUCCUCAGUUUGCCAUACCCCAAGACAUCCGUGAAAUUGUUGAAAAUAAACAGCUACCUGAAGUCAUCACAGAAGGACUGAAUAGUAAUAACUAUCAGAGAUAUUUCAGCACACUGCUUGUCAUGGAAGAAAUUCAUUUGGAGCGAGAAAUGACAGCAUAUGACAUGGAGUGCGUGACUAUGAAAAAGAGGGGUUACCAGCUUUUGUCUCUUGAGGUUCCUGGAUUGGCCGAGAGAAGGCCUUCACUGGUUUAUGGGGACUACAUAUUUGCCCAGCUUGCAACCGACAGCUCAGACAAUGAUAACCGUCCUUAUCAGGGUUACAUUCACAGGGUCGAGGCUGAUGAAAUAUUUUUACGAUUUCAUAAGGACUUACACAGGUGUCACCGAGAUGAGGAUCUUUACAAUGUUAGCUUCACAUACAACAGGGUGAAUAUAAGGAGGUUAUAUCAGGCAGUUUGUGCUGCUGAAAAGUUAGGGCCAGAGUUGCUCUUUCCAUGUGAGUCAUCCCAUGCAAGGAUGAUUAAAGCUUCAUCGUUUAUGCCACUGAAUGCACUUCUAAAUAGGGAGCAAGUGCGUUCAGUUGAAAUGAUACUUGGCUGUAAAGGUGCUCCUCCUUAUGUCAUCUUUGGACCUCCGGGAACUGGUAAGACAAUCACAUUGGUGGAGGCUAUACUACAACUCUACAAAACCAGGAGAAAAGCACGGAUUCUCGUCUGUGCCUCGUCAAAUAAUGCAGCAGAUCAUAUUUUGAAAAAGCUGCUUGGUGAAGGUGUUGGUGUUCGAGAAAAUGACAUAUUUAGGUUAAAUGCAACCAGCCGUCCUUAUGAAGAUGUCAAGCCUGAGUUUAUCCAUUUGUGCUUCUUUGAAGAUAUGGUAUUUAAAUGCCCUCCACUUAAGGCUUUAUUGCGUUACAAGAUCAUUGUAUCAACCUACAUGAGUGCAUCUCUGCUAUAUGCUGAAGGCAUCCGGAAGGGUCACUUCUCCCACAUUUUCAUGGAUGAGGCUGGUCAAGCCUCUGAGCCAGAGACAAUGGUUCCUGUAUCGAACUUAUGUAUACAAGACACUGUCAUUGUGCUAGCUGGUGAUCCUAUGCAGCUGGGACCUAUAAUUUAUUCAAAGGAUGCUGAGAGUUAUGGUUUGGGAAAAUCAUACUUGGAAAGACUUUUUGAAUAUAAAUAUUAUGAAGUUGGUGAUGAAAACUAUGUGAUGAAGCUGGUAAGAAACUACCGUUGUCAUCCAGCAAUCUUGGAGCUCCCUUCAAGGCUUUUCUACAAGAAUGAAUUGAUUGCUUGUAAAGAGGAGAAAGCAACAUCUAUUUAUGAUUCAGUGGGUCUUCCAAACGAAGCAUUUCCUGUUCUCUUUUUCGGAAUUCAGGGAUGUGAUGAGAGGGAGGGUAGUAAUCCAUCUUGGUUUAAUAGAAUUGAGGCUAGUAAAGUAGUAGAGCUUAUCAGGAAACUGAUUAGGAAUGCUGAUGUAGAUGAGACUGAUAUUGGAAUUAUUACUCCAUACCGUCAGCAAGUACUCAAGUUAAAGAAAGCCCUUGAAUUGCUUGAGAUGCCAGAUCUGAAGGUGGGUAGUGUUGAACAAUUUCAAGGGCAAGAAAGGGAAAUAAUAAUCAUAUCUACAGUCAGGUCAACUGUUAAGCAUAAUGAAUUUGACCGGGUGCACAACUUGGGAUUUCUCAGCAAUCCUAGAAGGUUUAAUGUUGCCAUAACUCGUGCUAGAUCCUUGCUAAUUAUUGUUGGAAAUCCACAUGUCGUUGCUAAGGAUAGACACUGGGGUAAGCUCUUGAGGCACUGUGUGGACAAUGAUUCAUACCAGGGCUGUUCCCUACCUGUCCUAGAAAGCCAAGACUAUCCCGAGGAAGAUGCUGGAUAUGACUGUGGACCAAAUAUCCCAGAGUCAUACUCCAAUAAUGUGGACCAGUGGGAUGAAGAUGCACCAACCCAGAAUCAGUGGCACCAGAACGAGGGCGAGUGGGGUAAUGAUUCAUUGGGAGCAAACCCUCAGGUUGAAUGGGGUAGUGAUAACUUCAAUAUCCAGCCAACUGGGUGGGGUGAUGAUGAUGAAGUUGAGGAAACUGGUCGGGUGACGAUUACAAACCAACUAGGUGGGGAGAUGAUGCUGAAAAAACAAAGGCUACUGACUGGAAUGAUCAGGUUGGUAUAUUGGCUGAGCACUUCAAUGUACAACCAUCCGGUUGGGAUGAUUGAGUCCUGGUAUUCUCCACCAGCAUAGAGAGAAGCUGAAUGAUUCAAUGGAUGGAAUGUUUUGUUUUUUUUCCCUGUAGAAAACCAAUCUAUGGGACCAAAUCUUCCAUCUUUGUUUUUAUCAGACAUUCCCAAUUUUUAAAGGAGAUUACAUUCAUUGUUGAUAUUUCAAUUGCAUGUCAUGCAAAUUGGAAAGAAUAACCCCAGACCCCUUGCAUUAGCUUGGGUCUUCGCCUAAAAAGCAUCUUUUGAUGGUGUUAGGUGGAUGGCUAUGAUCUCAUCAAACAAUAUAAAUAAGAAUGUGUAUUAUAAGCAUAAUUUGCAUCAUUAGUUUAUAUUACAUGUCCUACAUUUAUCAUUUUACAUUGGUUUUUCGGGU